AUGCAGACCAGUCAACCCACCACGCUCGCGCUCCGCGCAGCUCGAGCUUCUCGAACGAAGACCGCCGUCCAGCGCCGCCACCUGCAAGACAUCGCGAUCACCCGUACCGGUAAACCGAUCAUCCGAUCCCAAGGAGGACGAUCCUCAUUAGGAGGACACACAGUGACGGUGUUUGGAGCCAAUGGCUUCCUGGGUCGAUACAUCGUCAACCGACUAGCUCGGCGAGGGAACCAAGUGGUGAUCCCGUUCCGAGAUGAUAUGGCCAAACGUUUCCUCAAGGUAUCCGGAGAUCUGGGAAGAGUGUCAUUCAUGGAGUUCGACGUGCGGAACACACAAUCGAUUGAAGAGAGCGUGCGACAUUCCGACAUAGUGAUCAACUUGAUCGGGAGAAAUUACCCCACAAAGAACUACAGCUUGUGGGACGCCAAUGUUGAAAGUGUCGAGAGGAUAGCGGAGGCCACCGCCAAAUACGAUGUGGAUCGGUUUAUUCACGUUUCUUCCUUCAACGCCGACCCAAAUUCGCCGUCGGAGUUCUUUAGGGCGAAGGCCCAAGGAGAGCAAGUCGCGAGACAGCUAUUCCCUGAAACGACAAUCGUGCGACCGGCUCCCGUCUUCGGGUUCGAAGACAACUUGUUACAUCGUCUGGCAAGAGUGACCAAUCUCUUCACGGUCAACAACAUGCAGGAGCGUUUCUGGCCAGUUCAUGCCAUUGAUGUCGGUCUGGCCCUCGAGAGAAUCGCCUAUGAUGACACAACUGCUGGAGAGACCUUUGAGCUGUACGGUCCUACGAACUACAGUCUGGCAGAGAUUGCCGAAAUCGUGGACAAGGAGAUCAUCAAAGAACGCAGACAUAUCAACUUGCCCAAAGCUCUGCUGAAGCCUGUGCUGUACUACCUCAACAAAGUUAUCUGGUGGAAAAUCAUGUCGGCCGACCAACUGGAGCAAGAAUGCAUCGACCAAUCCAUCGACAAAACCGCAAAGACCUUCAAGGAUCUCGGUAUCGAGCCUGCUGAUCUUAAGGAUCUGACUUACCACUACCUGCAAGACUAUCGUAGCAGCAGCUAUUAUGACUUGCCUCCCGCCACGGAACGCGAAAAGAAGGAAGCCAGCAAGUAUUUGCACGUCAUCGACGAUCAAUAG